UUUCCUCCUUGGGCGGCGACGAAGCUGUUAACCUCUGUAGUAGCAGCUCCAGCUGCAGUACCCGUGAGUGUUAGGGAUGGCGGCGGCUGCAGCAGGACCUGCAACAGCCCAGAGGUUUUUCCGGAGCUUCUCAGAUGCUCUGAUCGACGAGGACCCCCAGGCGGCGUUAGAGGAGCUGACUAAGGCUUUGGAACAGAAACCAGAUGAUGCACAGUAUUAUUGUCAAAGAGCUUAUUGUCACAUUCUUCUUGGAAAUUAUUGUGAUGCCGUUGCUGAUGCAAAGAAAUCGCUUGAACUUAAUCCAAAUAAUUCCACUGCUAUGCUGAGAAAAGGGAUAUGUGAAUACCAUGAAAAAAACUAUGCUGCUGCUCUAGAAACUUUUACAGAAGGACAGAAAUUAGAUAGUGCAGAUGCUGAUUUCAUUGUCUGGAUUAAAAGGUGUCAAGAAGCUCAGAAUGGAUCACAGUCCGAGGUGUCUGCAUCCCAGCGGACUCAUCAAUCAAAAAUUAAGUAUGACUGGUAUCAAACAGAAUCUCAAGUAAUCAUUACACUUAUGAUCAAGAAUGUUCAGAAGAAUGAUGUAAAUGUGGAAUUUUCAGAAAAAGAGUUAUCUGCUUUUGUGAAACUUCCUUCUGGAGAGGAUUACAAUUUGAAACUGAAACUUCUUCAUCCUAUAAUACCGGAACAGAGCACAUUUAAAGUACUUUCAACAAAGGUUGAAAUUAAAAUGAAAAAGCCAGAGGCUGUGAGAUGGGAAAAGCUAGAGGGGCAAGGAGAUGUGCCUAAGCCAAAACAGUUCACAGCAGAUGUAAAGAACCUAUAUCCAUCAUCAUCUCAUUAUACAAGAAAUUGGGAUAAAUUGGUCGGCGAGAUCAAAGAAGAAGAAAAGAAUGAGAAGUUGGAGGGAGAUGCAGCUUUAAACAAAUUAUUUCAGCAGAUCUAUUCAGAUGGUUCUGAUGAAGUGAAACGUGCCAUGAACAAAUCAUUUAUGGAGUCUGGUGGUACAGUUUUGAGUACCAAUUGGUCUGAUGUAGGUAAAAGGAAAGUUGAAAUCAAUCCCCCUGAUGAUAUGGAAUGGAAAAAAUACUAAAUAAAUUAAUUUGCUAUCACUGUUAUUGCA